UGUCAGAGUUACAUGUUUUUAAGACUUAGGUUAGGACAUAAAGGACUUGAGAGGAUUUUCCAUUAAAAAUCUGAUUGAAUGCAUUAGGGGACAGAUUGAAAGGGAACAUAAAGUCACGGUGCUCUCGCUGCUCAGCAGGUGGCAGCACACACAAUGUUCACGCUGACUUUGUAAAGGAGAAAAGAAGAAGAAUAAGGAGCAACCUUCCGCUUUGCUCCGCAGUAAGGUUAUAAAACCAAAGCUAAGCUGUAAACACACUCCGACGCUCAGCACUUCACCUUCACUGCGGAGCAGCGAAUGGGUUUGGACAGGUUCUGCAGUUCGGACAGUUCCGACCCGUUCUGGGACUGGAACUGUACAUGGUACGCUGAAAACCCAGACCUGACCCAGUGUUUCCAGAACACUGUCCUGGUGUGGCUGCCAUGCCUCUACCUCUGGCUGUGUGCUCCCAUCUACCUCAUCUACCUCCGCAGCCAUGACCGUGGCUACAUAUGUAUGAGUCACCUCAACAAAGCUAAAACUGCUGUUGGCCUUCUGCUGUGGAUCAUCUGCUGGUUGGAUGUUUUCUAUUCUUUCUGGGAAAGAAGUCAUGGCAGCAGUGUCCCUGCACCUGUCCAGCUGGUCAGUCCAACCUUACUGGGCCUCACCAUGUUGCUGGCCACCCUGUUGAUCCAGUAUGAACGGAUGAAAGGGGUUCAGUCGUCUGGAAUAAUGCUGAUCUUCUGGCUGCUGGCGCUGUUGUGUGCCACAGUCACCUUCAGGUCCAAAAUCCUCCAGGCCCUGAACCAGCCUUUGACGGUGAGCGUGUGGCGGUACACCACCUUUUAUAUCUACUAUGCUCUGCUGCUGGUGGCUCUGUUCCUGUCCUGCCUGACGGACCGCCCCCCCCUCUUCUCCCAGGCUGUUAAAGACUUGAACCCCUGUCCUGAGCCUGGAGCGUCUUUCCUCUCUAGGAUAACCUUCUGGUGGAUCACCAGAAUGAUGGUGACGGGCUACAAGCGCCCCCUGGAGGAGAAAGACCUGUGGUCCCUAAACUCUGAGGACCGCUCCCAGAGAGUGGUUCCCCAGCUGGUGCGACGCUGGAACACAGAGUGCCAGAAGGUCAAAAGGACAGAGCAGAAAACUUUGUACUCUCCCAGGCAGGUCCCAUGCAGUGAGAGCAAAGAGGGCCGAGCUGUGGAGGAGUCUGAAAUCUUGAUUGUAAAAACCCCCCAAAAAACAAAGGAGCCCUCCCUGUUCUGGGCGCUGUGCCUCACCUUCGGGCCCUACUUCCUCAUCUCCUGCCUCUAUAAGAUCAUCCAGGACAUCCUCAUGUUUGUUGGGCCCGAGAUCCUGCGGCUGCUGAUCCGCUUUGUUAACAACUCUGACGCCCCCCCCUGGCAGGGCUACUUCUACACUGCUCUGCUCUUCAUAUGUACCUGUGUGCAGUCACUCAUCCUCCAGAAGUACUUUCACGUCUGCUUCGUCUCAGGCAUGCGCCUGCGCACCGCCAUCAUCGGAGCUGUCUACAGGAAGGCCCUGGUUAUAAGCAGUGCAGCACGCCGCACGUCCACAGUGGGAGAGAUCGUUAACCUGAUGUCUGUGGAUGCCCAGCGCUUCAUGGACCUCAUCACCUACAUCAACAUGAUAUGGUGCCCCCUGCAGGUGGUGCUUGCCCUAUACUUUCUCUGGCAGAACCUGGGUCCGUCCGUUCUGGCUGGAGUGGCUGUGAUGGUUCUGAUGGUUCCUAUUAAUGCUGUCAUCGCCAUGAAAACCAAAACCUACCAGGUGGCUCAGAUGAAGAGUAAAGACAGUCGCAUUAAGCUGAUGAAUGAGAUGCUGAAUGGCAUCAAGGUGCUGAAGCUGUAUGCCUGGGAGCUGGCCUUCAAGGACAAAGUGUCAGAAAUCCGUGAGAGCGAGCUGCGGGUCCUAAAGAAGGCCGCCUACCUGGGUGCGAUGUCCACCUUCACCUGGGUCUGUGCACCUUUCCUGGUUGCCCUGUCCACUUUCACUGUGUACGUGCUGAUCGAUGAACGCAACAUCCUCGAUGCCCAGAAGGCAUUUGUGUCACUGGCGCUAUUCAACAUCCUGCGUUUUCCUCUCAACAUGCUGCCAAUGGUCAUCAGCAGUAUGGUGCAGGCCAGUGUGUCCUUGAAGCGACUGAGAGUGUUUCUAUCACAUGAAGAACUGCAGGAGGACAGUGUGGAUCACAAAGCAGCAGCAGGCUCCCCACACAGUAUCUCCAUUGUGGAUGGAGUUUUCAGCUGGUCCAGAGCUGAAUCACCGACACUCAAGAGGCUGAAUGUGUGUAUCCCAGAAGGCUCUCUGGUGGCUGUGGUGGGACACGUGGGCUCAGGAAAGUCCUCGCUGCUGUCUGCCCUACUCGGAGAGAUGGACAAACUUGAGGGAACCGUGGCUGUGAAGGGUUCGGUGGCCUACGUUCCUCAGCAGGCCUGGAUCCAGAACUCCACUCUGAGAGACAACAUAGUGUUUGGUCAGGAGAGGAGAGAGACAUGGUAUCAGCGUGUGGUGGAGGCAUGUGCUCUUCAGCCUGACCUCGAGAUCCUUCCUGCUGGAGACGAGACCGAGAUCGGAGAGAAGGGAGUGAAUCUGUCUGGAGGUCAGAAGCAGAGGGUGAGCCUGGCCAGGGCUGUCUACUGUGACCGAGCUGUGUACCUGCUGGACGACCCCCUGUCUGCCGUUGACGCUCACGUAGGAAAACACAUCUUCGAACAAGUCAUUGGCCCACAGGGACUGCUUAAGGACAAGACUCGCGUGCUGGUGACCCAUGGGUUGAGCUACCUGCCCCAGGUGGACCUGAUCCUGGUGAUGGUGGAGGGAGAGGUCACAGAGAUGGGCUCCUACCAGCAGCUCAUGGCCACAGAGGGAGCCUUCGCUGAGUUCCUGCGAACAUACGCUGCUGUCGACCACACGGACAAUGAGUCUGUGCCAAAGAGUGUGACCAAAGGACUGGAGAACGGCAGCGCGACUGCUCUUGUUGGCACUCCAGAUGUCAGCAGAGUGUCUAAGUUGUCCCAGACGGGCAAGGAGGACAAGGAACUGAACAAGAAGGCCAAGAACCCUGAGGUGGGAAAGCUGACAGAGGCAGACAAGGCCAGCACUGGACGGGUGAAGCUGUCUGUGUUCUGGGCCUAUAUGAAAGCUAUCGGGGUGCUUCUAUCCUGCAUCAGUGUGCUGCUGUUCCUCACCCAUCACCUGGUCUCCCUCUUCUCUAACUACUGGCUGAGCCUGUGGACCGACGACCCCGUGGUCAACGGCACUCAGCCUGACGACUGCAUGAGACUGGGGGUGUACGGUGCUCUCGGCCUGUCCCAGGGUGUGGCAGUCUUUGGUUACUCCCUCUCCAUGUCCAUUGGGGGCAUCCUGGCAUCACGCUGCCUCCACCAGUCCAUGCUGUAUGACGUCCUGCGCUCACCUAUGUCCUUCUUUGAGCGAACGCCCAGUGGAAACCUGGUCAACCGCUUUGCUAAGGAGAUGGACACUAUUGACUCAGUGAUCCCCAGCAUUAUUAAAAUGUUCAUCGGCUCCAUGUUCAAUGUUUUGGGGGCUUGUGUCAUCAUACUUAUUGCCACACCGCUGGUAGCUAUUAUUAUUCCUGUUCUCGGGUUGCUCUACUUUUUUGUGCAGAGGUUUUACGUGGCAUCAUCUCGUCAGCUGAAGCGUCUGGAAUCAGUCAGCCGUUCACCCAUCUACACCCACUUCAAUGAAACACUGCUGGGCACCUCUGUCAUCCGCGCCUUUGGUGAACAGGAGCGCUUCAUCUGUGAGAGUGACAGGCGAGUGGACCACAACCAGAAGGCUUACUACCCCAGCAUAGUAGCCAACAGGUGGUUGGCAGUCCGUCUGGAGUUUGUGGGAAACUGCAUCGUGUCAUUUGCUGCUUUGUUUGCUGUCAUAGCUCGAGAGAGCCUCAGUCCAGGCAUCAUGGGCCUGUCUAUAUCUUACGCCCUGCAGCUGACUGCCUCUCUGACCUGGCUGGUGAGGAUGUCAUCUGAUGUGGAGACCAACAUAGUGGCUGUGGAGAAAGUGAAAGAGUACAGUGACACAGAGAAAGAGGCAGAGUGGAAACACGAGCCCUCCAGCCUUCCCCCGGGUUGGCCCACUGAGGGCCGCAUCGACAUCAGAGGCUUUGGCCUGCGCUACCGCCACGACCUGGACCUGGCCAUUCGCAACAUCACCAUCAACAUUAACGGAGGAGAGAAGGUGGGGAUCGUGGGGCGCACUGGAGCAGGGAAGUCCUCCCUGACGCUGGGUCUGUUCCGGAUCAUCGAGGGAGCCGAGGGCCAUAUCUUCAUUGACGGGGUGGACAUUGCUCAGCUGGGCCUCCAUGAGCUCCGCUCCAGGAUCACCAUCAUCCCACAGGACCCAGUGCUAUUUUCAGGCUCUCUGAGGAUGAACCUGGAUCCUUUCAACAGCUACUCUGAUGAGGAAGUGUGGCGGGCUCUGGAGUUCUCCCAUCUCAAGAACUUUGUGUCCAGCCUGCCUGACAAGCUCAGCCAUGAGUGCAGUGAAGGAGGAGAGAACCUCAGUGUGGGUCAGAGGCAGCUGGUGUGCCUGGCCAGAGCUCUGCUGAGGAAGACCAAGAUCCUGGUCCUGGAUGAGGCCACUGCAGCUGUGGACAUGGAGACAGACAACCUGAUCCAGUCCACCAUCCGCUCUCAGUUUGAGGACUGCACCGUCCUGACAAUAGCUCAUCGCCUUAACACCAUCAUGGACUACACCAGGGUCCUGGUGUUGGAUAAAGGAGAGAUGGCAGAGUUUGACUCCCCCUCUAAUCUCAUCGCUCAGAGAGGAGCCUUUUAUCAGAUGGCCAAGGACGCUGGGCUGGUCUGAAGCACGAGGUGCCGCCAUUUGUCCAGUUGCUCCUCUGAGCCCCUCCCAGCUCCUCUGGCUCUGGGGGUGGACGUCCUGAGAUAAAAAAAAGGAGGUUGUCUGACUAUUUGAGCUGGAGAAACAGCUUUGGUUUGACCUACUCCACCCUACACCUCCAUCCUGACUGAACUACAGAUUUCUUCAUGUUAACCCAGAUCAUACCCUGGCUUCUUCCUGCCUUUUCCACUGCCCCUCUGUUUCUGACAUGGAAGUCCUAACAGAGGAUGUAGAACUUGGCUUUUAUUUUGACAGAGCAGCUGUACCAGUGUCUGAGCAGUCUGUGUCAAGAACCUCUGUUUGUAGUAACCAGUACUGAGGUCAGUAGAGGACAAAAAGACUGUUGUCCUGUGAGUAUAAAAUCAUUAGUGCCAAAUACUUCCCUCAGAUACACCAGCUGUUUUGAAGUGCAGGUUGAGGAGAUGGUGGGACCCUGCUUCCACAGACAGCACCUGUUCCUACUGUCCUCAAACACAGCAGCAGAAACUGAUGGAGAAAAUCCUGCUUUGUCCCAGUUCUAUACAUACAGGUGAAAGGCAGUACAGGAUGGUCUCUGUAUGUACCUGUGUAGUCUGCUGUUUGUUAGUUACAUACUUUACACACAGUCAGUUUAAAGAAUAAGACUGGCAUCAGUGUACAUUUUGAAAUCUCCUUCAGACUUACCUGUGAGGCCAAACAGACUCAGAAUCUGCUCUGCAAUCGUCAGCUGUCUGAAGCUGGGACACAGCUAAUGCUCUGAGCUUGGUUUGUUGAAGUGAAUGUAAAAUCAUCAGGAGUCAUUUUUCUGUUUGCCAGUUUUACUUUGAGGGAGGAUGUGGAGGGUCUUGGCAGAGCAGCAGGUAUGCCUGAUGGCUCAGAAACAUAAACUAAGCUGGUGAUGUCACAGGCCUGGGCAGCAGUGGUGUGUGACAGUGAACAGCGACACAUACAAAUCACAACAAAACAACAAAUGCACGAACUGAAGGGAUCUGUGAGACAGAUUCCACCUGACUGUUACAUUACAUGCAGCACUGAGUGUUUAUUUAUUGUGAGCUUGUGUUCUUUCAGCAGCAGCUUGACGUAGUUGUGUUGAUACAGGCUGCUGGCUUGGUUAAAGGCUCAGCUUGUUAGUCAGGUCAGUCUGCAGUUUCAACCAAAGGAUUUAGAGUGUCUCAAGGAAACUUUGAGACUUUGUGUUGUUGUUGUUGGUGUGCAGCUUCAGAUGGAGACAGAUGAACAAAUUCCAGAGUUUUGUUUCAGAUGAACUCUGAGGGGGUCACAUGGUCCACAAGAUGCACAUUGUAAUCUUUUUUUUAAAAAAAACAAAGACAUUAUAUACCUCUGAGCUGUUUACCACCAAUAAGUCCUGCUGCACACAAGCAAAUACCAACAAUCAAAACAAUCCUCUUGACGCUCUUGACAGUUUUCAGAUUGAUUUGUUUCUCUGUUACAUUUCUUUGCAUCGCUGUACUUGUUUUGGUGAGUUGCUACGUUAUCUUUAUUGAAUAAAGAUCUGUUGGUUUGAAGCUCCUGAAGUGUCAUGCAGGGUGUUUGUGCCCUGGGAUGAGUACUGUGCACAUUAGAAGCUCUGAUUACAGUGAAGUUUCAGUCCUCACACAGAUCUGAGUGUGAUCUAGUGUUGCUGUAUAAAGACGUGACUGCUCUGCUGUUGUCACCACAACGUGAUCUGUGGAAGCUGCUCUGAAGGCAUCUGACCACAUGUGUCAUUCUGACCAGAGAUGAUCUGUGGGACAGAGAACCUGCACAUACAACACCUUCAGUGUGUGUAAGAAAAGAGUGCAACACAAAGAUUUAAAUUCGCAUUGUUUCUAAUGGGAAACUGGAAACACUGAUGAUGUGCAUGUAACUUCAGGGGCUCUGAGAGAAUUCUAUUCAGUUUAAAGUGUAAAACAAUUCAGAAAUACAUUUUCCAAACAGUACGUAUCAGUAACGCCUGCAAUGUAAGGUGUUGUCUGAAAAUACAGAUGGCUUUAUUCACCAUCAUUGGAGAGAACUCUCCAAACUCCACUGAUGUUGCAUGUGUGUGUUUUGUUUCUCUGGAACUGGAGCAGAUGUUCUACUGAAGAUCAGGACUGAAAAAACUGAGAACAGUGAAUUAAAAAAAAAAAAAAGUCAAAAUGUCACAGUUACAGGUCUAUGGAGGACAAAAUGACAAGUUUUCACUCUUAUGACUCAGACAUUUAGUUUUUCACAUGGCCUGGUCUGAAGGUCUGAAGCAUCAUGUUGUUUUUCAUCCAGGAGCAGAAGAGUGCAGCUCCUGACAGAUUCCCUGUGUCAGUAUGAUGGAUGUUAGGACCACAUGUUUAGCAUGUCUUACGCCCUGCACCUCUGAGACAUCAGACAUCUUGAUAAGCUGAUAGUAGCUACUACCAGGGUUGUUUGGAAACAUCAUGCUGUAAAAUUUCUGCUUUAGGCAGAAAUCAGCUUUGCAAAUGAUAUAAAGCAUCUGGACAUUCGUCUUACAUAUUAUGAUUACAAAGUGAUUAUUUAAUGUUUUAUAUAUACACCACUUGGUUUGUCAGUUUUUAAAUAAAAUGUAUGUCUAAAGCAA